GUAAGUCCGCUGGUCAAAAGAUCGUUGAGCCCGCAGGUUCAACUAUCCUAAACUUUUCUGCUUUUCUAUUCUGUUAUGUAGUUUUAUUCCUAAAAUACCCGUCAUUAUGAAUGACUCAGAGCUAUUCAGUGAAGGAAACGAGGCAUUUGUUGACGAGAAUUAUCAACUUGCUCUUCAGAAAUAUACGAAUGCUAUUGAGCUGAAUGGAUUUAACCCAAAAUAUUACGUGAAAAGAGCAACAACAUACUUCAAGCUUGGUAAUUUCAGAGAUGCAUGUACAGAUGCUAAUGUUGCCAUAGACCUGGACUCAAAGAAUAUCAAAGCUCAUCUAAGAAAAGGAGUAUCUCUUUUCCAUCUGGGUGAAUUUGCUGAUGCAAAGCAAGCAUUUGAACAAGGACUGCAAAUAGACAAUGAAAAUAUAGAAAUGAAAACUUGGCUCUCAAAGUGUAAUUCAGAGCUGGGCAUCAAAGACAGUAUCCCUGAGAAAAAGCAAGAAAGAGUUGAACCAGCUGGAGAGGAGUCUCCAAAUAUCUCAGCAAAACAAGAUACAGAAGGAAAAGAAGGACAGGAGGAAGAUAUUAAAAAGAAACAGGAAGAGCAAAAAAUACAUGUUAGACAUGACUGGUACCAAACAGACACUCAAGUAGUGGUUGCAUUGAUGAUCAAGAAUUGCCAUGCACAGAAUGUCAAUAUUUCUUACCAUGAACAAGCAUUAUCAGGUACUGUUAACAUUCCUACUGGGGGAGAAUACAAGCUGGAUUUUAACUUGGCACAUCCAAUCAAUGUCAAGGAAUGUAAAACACGAAUUCUGCAGUCCAAGAUUGAGUUAAAGCUCAAGAAAGCACAAGCCAUCCACUGGACAACACUAGAAAAAACCUCUGAAGCCACCAAAGUGAAGAGUUUUCCAACAGCAACCACAUUACCAACAGCAUCCACAUCAGAAUCAAAAGAAAGUAUUGAUAUCGUUCACCAGUAUCCGUCAUCACGCCAUGUUGUUAAGGACUGGGACCGUCUAGCAGCCGACAUCACUAAAGAUGACGAUGAUGAAAAACAGGAAGGUGAAGCCGCUCUGUCGGCACUCUUUCAAAAAAUCUAUGGUGACGGUGGAGAUGCAGUGAAGAAAGCCAUGAAUAAAUCUUUUAUAGAGUCAGGUGGUACGGUACUGAGCACAAACUGGGAGGAAGUGCAGAAAUCAAAAGUGGAAAGAAAACCACCAGAUGGGAUGGAAUGGAAAUCAUGGGAACAUUGAGUAACAUCUGUCAAUCUCUGCUGGUCAAGAAUGCUUCAAUGCACUACAUUGGCUUCCUUGUGCUACAUGUACAUUACAGAACUUUGAAUAAAAUCAGUUGUGAACAUUGUUAACUUCAAUGAGAUUGUUAGUAAUAUGGUUAGCUACAGGACAGCUUUUUAUUACAAGAAAAUCAGUAAAAACUAUACAAUUUCCCUCCAGCUUCUGUAACUUGACUGUUUUAACGUAUCAUGACUACAGCAUUGUUUCUGUAAUUUCAAGCCUGCUAUUGUAUUGAGAUCUAGACUGUCUAGUAUCUAAGAACAGUAGUAUUAAAAAUAAAAUUAUUCAGUGUU